GAGACACAACACCAAUUUCUCUCUGGGAUUUAGAUAAUAACCCUACUUUACUUCUUUUAACGAUAAUAUUUUCUUUCGGAACAACUAUUUACUUAAUGAAUUUGUUUAUCGGUUUGCUAAGUAAUGCAAUAAGUGAUACUCAAACAAAAGAAGCGUAUUUAAUUCUAAGAGCUGAA